AUGAGUCAACAAUUUAGCGUGGAAUACUUGAGAAUCAAUCCUUAUCGAUAUCUUAGAUUACCUUCACUUAAUGCUACAGGCAGCCAAUUUUUCAAUCUCUCUUAGGAAAUGGUUACAUCUAGAACUCAAAAGAAUUUAGUAAAACAGAAGCUGUAAGCGUUGUCUCACAAAAAAGAGGAUAGCAAGAACUUUUAUCAUCAUUCUACAAUUUAUAAUGUUAACGAGUUUAAGGAAUUGAGCAAACCUUAAGAGUAUGUGCAUUCUAUGACCUAUAGUAGCUAUAAUGAACCUAAUCACACAAAAUACAACCAAAUGUAGACCAAAAUGAUGGUUGCUGAUUUCAAAAAGAAAGUUGAUGCAUUCCUAUAAAAAAACAUUUACAAAACUAAUUUGAGUAGUAAAAUACCUUCAUCAUUAUAUGAAUUGGAGUCAUUCCAAUCUACUAAUAAUGAAGAAUAACUUAAUAAAUCUCUAUGUUCUAAUAAGUUCACUAUUCGUACUGAGUACAAAUCUAUGAAAGCAACAGAAAUACUUGUCAUCAGUAAUAAUAAAGUUGUCUCGAGAUAAAUUAUAACUAGUGAACUAAUUCAAUAACGACUGCUUAAAUAAAUGGAGAAUUUUCUUAAAGAUGAUAGAUACAACUACGACCUUAAAAUGCAAACUAUGAUUGAUUAAUACGAAGAUAUUGUCAAUAGGAUUAGAUAAAAAGCAUAUACAAUAAAGAUUCCUUACAAUUAUGAAAUUUAAAUGAGUGACUACAAUGAGUUCUACUAGAAAAAAGAAGAACCAUAGAUUCCAUUCAUAAAUGAUAAAUUUGAACUCUUAGCAGAUUAAAUAAUACAAGAAAUCUAGCAAUCAAGACAUUCAACACCAAUAUUGCAAACUGAAAUUAAUGAAGAAUAACAGGAAGAACAUUUCCAAUAAAUUGAUGAAAUAGUUAAAACUGAGCCAGUAUAUUUCAAAGAAGAAGUGACUCCUAAAUAAAUGGAUUUCAGCAAAGAAUAAGUUCCAGAGAGAAAAUCAUCACAGAGAAGAGCAAAACCAAGAAAAAAGUAAUAAUAAUAACAACAACAAAAAUAACAUGAAUCAGUAUCUGAAACAAGCAAUCCUUAAUCUUAAUAAUCCAGUUAAUCAGAAUUACCAGAUAUCCCCUCUACUCAAUAAUUUCAUAAAACGAAAUAAAUACGAAAUAAUCAAUAAAAUCAUCAGACUGUUUAAAUCUAAUAAUAAAAUAUUGAAACCGAUAAUCAUUAAUAACAUGAGGAAACUCAAAAUUAGCAUUAUGUGCAAAAUAGUAAUAAAAAACAAGUUACUCAUGAAAAACAUAAAGGAAAGGUUCACUCAAGAAAACUAACAGGAGAUAAUGGAGUUAAAAGAUAGGUUGUUCCAACAUAUUUAGAUGUUCCAAAGGAGGAAGUUUUAGAAACCUUAAGCGAAAAGUCUCAUGAAGAAACUUUUUAAUUUGAAGAUAUCUAAACAUAAAAACAGGAAUCUGGCAAAUAAGAAGAUUCAGCAAUUUAAUAAUUAGAAAAUCAAGACAAUGAGGAAAAAGACGGUUAAAAUUGUUAAGAAGAAACAAAUUAAUAGGCUUAAUCUGUCUCAUAAUAGGAAUCCAAUUAUCCUCUAUCAUAAAAUAAACAAUUACACAAUCCUGAAUAGAGAGAUGCUGUGGACAUCUGGGAUAAUACAAAACCUGUAGCAAUUAAACCUAAUCCAAAAUACAAAUAAAUUUAAUAAGAAAACAAAUAAAUUGAAUAGAAACAAAAAGGAGAUGUUAAUGUUAAUUAAAAUUAAUAAUUUACAGAUAAUGUACUAUCAAAUUCAAGAAAACCCUCAUAAAACUUUGAAUAAUCUUAAAUUUAAUAAGAUGUUGUAAACAAUACGCCUUUGAAAUCUUAUAAAGAUUUAGAUAAAUCACAUAAUUAAUAACUAACUUAGACUUAUGAUUUACCUAAAGUAAAUAAAGGCAUACAGAAAAUUGAUAUUAAUAAAUAAGAUGAACCUAAGUCUAUCAGAAAAAAAGAAGAGAUUGUUGAAAUCAAAUAAUAAACUGAUGAUAGUAAAGAUGAUAUUCUGUAAAUUAUAAACGAGAAAAUGAAAAUUUUUGAAUAAAAACAAUAGGAAAAGUGCCUUGAUAUUUUUGAUAUUCUAUUAGCUUCGGAUUCGGUUUACAAUGUUGACAUUGAAAAAGAUAAAGUUUCAAAAUCUUACAAAAAGUAAGUUUCUAGUCUAUCAUUUGUGUUUCAAUAGCAGGGUGAAGAAGAAGUCUUUUCUCAUUAGUAAAGUCUUAAUUUAUUUAGGGUUAUUUGGAGACAUGAAUUAUAAGAAGUGAUACCAAAGUUAGAACAAUUAAAUAAACAUAUUGUAGUAAUGGAUGAAAGUGAUGAUUAUAGUGGAACUAAUGUUAAAGGAAUUGAAGAAUUAAAUGAUAAACCUGAAAACUGA